AUGGGAUCCGGCGCGAGUAAAACAUCUGAAGCGCCGAAGGUCGUCCGUGCUUCAUCAUCUGUGAGUUCAAGCUCAACUACAAGCGCGCCUGUCAUUGCUAGACCAGCGGAUGAAACGCCAAAAGGCGACGUCCCAAAGGCGAGCCAGCGAAGUGAGGUGUCGCUGGCUGGUGACGGCGCACUGCCGGAGUACUGGUACCACUCCAAGACCGCUGGUGACAAAGAUGAGUCUUUUGAUGACAUGUUCUAUGCCCCGGAGACAGAUCAUGCAGCCUUUGAAGAGAUGUUUACACAGUCAUAUGUAGAGAAAGCCACGCAAGAUCGUCCUUGUCCCCGCGGCGAGCAUGGCAAGACGCCAGGUGGUUGUCCCUGCAAUCAGCCGGGUGCUGAUCCUGGGCUUCCCACACGGUAUCGGGUGCGUCGUGUCAUACGAGUAGAGGCGUCUGAUAUUUGGCAGAGAUAUGUCGCCAAACGCGAUGAAAUCCGGGAGAAAAGAGAUAGCGGGGAGAUACAAGAAUUCAAUCCUCCUCCGCUAACGAAGGCUGUGGCCGAAAAAUACCCGAGUAUUUUUGCUCCAUUGGACAGCUCGGUGAACGAGGUCUACGCUUUCCACGGCACCUUUGUGCGCUAUGCUCUGUCCAUAGCUGAAAAUGAUUUCAACAUCGACUAUGCAGGCUCCAGUACUGGAACGCUGUAUGGUCGAGGUGCAUACCUUGGCGAGUCCAUCACGAAGGCGGAUGAGUAUGCCAAGGAUGAGCCGGGUGGUUACUAUGAAGGAGUGUUUGCCGUGCUGGUCUGCCGGCUGACAAUGGGCAAGCUGAAUUGCACAAAGGGAGACCCAAAGGCGGGCGAGCGGGUCAUGGCCGGCGAGUUUGACAGCACCUGUGGCACACGCUUGUUCCGUGAGCUGGUCGUUUAUGACGCAGACCAGUGUUACCCGGAAUACCUCGUCCUUUACCAGCGGGUCUACAGCAAGGAUGAUGAAGAUGACAUCGAACAGAUGCUGAAGCGCAGGUUCUUUAUGCAGGUCCCUUUGCAUUGGACAAAUGUCGCCACCAACAUGGCCAAAGAGACCUUUGGAGAUCGUUACCCACUGCCAGAUGCUGGCAAGAACCACAUGCAGUGCUUGGUGAACCAGUCACGAGUACAACCCGGCCGCAUUGUGGCCGAAAUAUGGCGGUUGGAAGAUGCGGAUCUUUGGAAGAACUGGGUCGACGUGAAAGUCCAGCUGCGCGAGUCACGCGAAAGGAUCGGCGCUGAUGACCUGAGCGACUUGCCAGUUACGUUAAAGGUGAACCUGGUGGAGAGAGACUUGCGUGCGCUCACAAAGCGACCUUGCAAGUUCCUGAAAAAGGGCUGCAGAAAAGGUGACAAAUGCAGGUUUUCCCACAAUGAGUUUGCAGCGGACCUCGGGGAGGAAGGCUUGGCGGCUGGGCGGCGCCUCCCAGUCGAUGAGCUUGACAGGCAGCUCCAUGAAGCCUUCCUUUGGAUGGCUUGUUCGAGCCAAGAAGAAGCGGAGGAGAUCGGCAAAGGCCGGAUGAAGGCUGCAAAGAAGUUUGGCCACGGUGCCUGUUGCUACGAAAGCUUGGAUACAGCUCUCAAGCAGGUCAGAUCCAAGGACGGCAUCAAGAUUGCAAUUCUUUGUCGAGUACUCUGCGGAGCCCCAUGCGAUAAUCCAGAGGAUUCAGAGGACAAAGACUGCAUUAUUCUGAAGGUAGACGAGCACAAGCGAAAGGAAGUUCUCAUCAAGAAUACCAGCGGUGUCUAUCCCGAAUACUUCUUAGCGCUGUUUUCACAAGAGGAUCUCGACAAGGAGGAGGCGGCAGAAACAACUUCGCAACAUUCGGAGAUCUCCGGAGACCUUCCUUUGCCGGGCAACGACGCCGCCGGCGAAGCCGACAUAAGGCGGAGUGCAAGCAAUGCAAUCAGCGAGCAUGAGGAGGAGGAGGAGGAGGAGGACGAGGAGGAGGUGGACGACGCAGCGGACGACCAUUCGGAUGGCGUUGUCUCCCAUCUUCCAUCAGGCGACGAAAAGCCGGCUGUAGGUGACGAAACCUUCGUGGUGCUGUGGCACGAGGGCGAUGGAGAUGUGAAAGACCAAAUGUUCUGUGACCUCGACGAAGCAAACGAGCGUUUCGACACGUUGGAUGGUGGGCCCUAUGCAACGAUACUGGUCAACGGCAGGUUCAAUGAGCUCAGAUACUACGGAACCCGAGGGUGGGUCAUGAAACAAAUGUACGACCACUGGAGCGACAACUACGAGGCCAAAGAAGAAUCGAAGCCUCCUUUCUACCUCAUUACGUGCACCGCCUUUGGAGAAGUAUGGGGCGAAAGCUAUUCUACCCUGCUGGAUGCCUAUGAAGACUUGGGAUCCUGCGAUCCUCCAUAUUUGCUGGUGGAUUCGAAGUUCAAGAAGAUCGAGUCGAAAUGGGAAACAGCGGAUGGUGCACCCUUCGAGAGAUUGCUGCAAGAGAUGAAGUCAUGGUUCGAGAUCAACGCGGAAUGA